AUGGCCAAGGAGUAUCCCACAUGCAUCUUCCCGGAUAUCUUGGACCUGGUUUCCGACCCCCCGAAGAAGGAUAACUGGGUUCCUGCAAAUUUGAAGCUGGUCAACGCCGCUUCUUGUGUCAAGCACAAUGGUGAGUGCCGCCUGAAGUUGGAAGAGACUGAGCUUGGGGUUGUUGGCGCGCCCUGUGUCCUUUUCUCAGCGUAUGGUCUACGUGAAGGCUUUGCAACAAAGAAUGUGGACGUCAAACAUGCCCAUGACGUUUCGAUGAAAUUCCAACAGUCGACUCCGGUCUCUGUCCAUGAGAAUGUGCCGAACUAUGAUGAGGCCAGGUUGUGUCCACGACAGUUCGGGCACCCCAACCGACGUCUUAGGGUGUGGCGCAUCCUGUUUGACAAAGAAACGAAAAAAUGGUCAGCAGACCGCAGUUUGGGGGAACUGGCCAAUCUCAUUCUGGCACCAAUUGAGACCAAACCAGAGCUGGAUUUCAACGCAUACCUUUGGGCUUCCCCGAAUGAGUUAGAAGGAAAGGCAGUGAAAGAAGAAGAUCUGACCAGGACACAGCAGAAGCACUUGCGCCUUUUUCGAGAGGCUCGUCCUGACAAGUCACUUUAUGACUUGAGCGCGAACCCGAUGAAACGAUGCCGAACAGAGACUGUGGACAACUGCUUGCCCUGUCUCACAACAAGCUCGCAGUUGUGGUCAGAGAAGGCAAAGCGCUUGAUGCUGGGAAAAGAACAACUACAUGCCCUGGGGUUUCCUUGCUCCACAAGGGGAGCUGCCGCUGCUAGGACUGAUGCUGUGGGAGUCGACUACCUGUCGGAGGCUGCGCUCCGAAGCAUCUCAGGGAAUGGGAUGUCUCUUCCCUGUGCAGGUUUCAUCCUGCUCAUGACCGUGCUGUGUGUUUCAGACCGUUGUUGA